GGAACAGCCUCAACUGAUCCUUCUCAACCAUAAUACGAGGGCAGGCAGCCAGACACGAAAACGCAACUAUGAAUGAAGAAAAUUUAGAUGUAACAAAUGGAUGCAGCAAAGUUCGAACUGGUACUCAGAAUGAAGCAGCCUUGUUAGCUUUAAUGGAAAAAACUGGUUACAACAUGGUUCAAGAAAAUGGACAAAGGAAAUUUGGUGGGCCACCACCAGGUUGGGAAGGUCCACCUCCACCUAGAGGGUGUGAAGUUUUUGUAGGAAAGAUCCCUCGUGAUAUGUAUGAAGAUGAAUUAGUUCCUGUUUUUGAAAGAGCUGGAAAGAUAUAUGAAUUCCGACUUAUGAUGGAGUUUAGUGGUGAAAAUCGAGGAUAUGCUUUUGUGAUGUAUACAACUAAAGAAGAAGCACAGUUAGCCAUUAGAAUUCUUAAUAAUUAUGAGAUUCGUCCAGGGAAAUUUAUUGGUGUGUGUGUAAGUUUGGAUAAUUGCAGAUUAUUUAUUGGAGCUAUUCCCAAAGAAAAGAAAAAAGAAGAAAUACUGGAUGAAAUGAAGAAAGUUACAGAAGGAGUUGUGGAUGUCAUUGUUUAUCCAAGUGCAACUGAUAAGACCAAAAAUCGUGGUUUUGCAUUUGUAGAAUAUGAGUCCCAUAGAGCUGCUGCCAUGGCAAGAAGAAAACUUAUUCCAGGAACAUUCCAACUCUGGGGCCACACUAUACAGGUAGAUUGGGCAGAUCCAGAAAAAGAAGUUGAUGAAGAAACAAUGCAGAGGGUUAAAGUUUUAUAUGUAAGAAAUUUAAUGAUCUCUACCACAGAGGAAACAAUUAAAGCAGAAUUCAACAAAUUCAAACCUGGAGCUGUUGAAAGGGUAAAGAAACUUAGAGAUUAUGCUUUUGUUCAUUUUUUCAACCGAGAAGAUGCAGUGGCUGCUAUGUCUGUUAUGAAUGGGAAAUGUAUUGAUGGAGCAAGUAUUGAAGUAACACUGGCCAAACCAGUAAAUAAAGAAAGCACUUGGAGACAACAUCUCAAUGGCCAAAUUAGCCCCAAUUCUGAAAAUUUAUUGGUGUUUGCUAACAAAGAAGAGGGACACCAAAAAACUCUAGGAAAACCACCAAGUCUUCCAGCUCGUCUCAAUGGUCAGCACAGCCCAAGCCCCCCAGAAAUUGAAAGAUGCACUUACCCAUUUUUCCCUGGAACAAAGCUUACACCAAUAAGUAUGUAUUCUUUAAAAUCUAAUCACUUCAAUUCUGCAGUAAUGCACUUGGAUUAUUACUGCAACAAAAAUAAUUGGGCACCACCAGAAUAUUAUUUAUAUUCAACAACAAGUCAAGAUGGAAAAGUACUCUUGGUAUAUAAAAUAGUUAUCCCUGCUAUUGCAAAUGGAUCUCAGAGUUACUUCAUGCCAGACAAACUAUGUACAACACUAGAAGAUGCAAAGGAAUUGGCAGCACAGUUUACUUUGCUUCAUUUAGACUACAAUUUUCGUCGCAGCUCAGUAAAUAGUAUUUCCCCUGUUAGUGCUACCCUCUCUUCUGGGACACCCAGCGUGCUUCCUUAUACGUCAAGGCCUUAUUCUUAUCCAAGCUAUCCCUUAUCACCAACAAUAUCGCUUGCUAAUGGCAGCCAUGUUGGACAACGACUAUAUAUCUCCAAUCAGGCCUCAUUCUUCUGA